UCGGCUGUGCUUCUGCACACGCUCACCACACGCGCUCGCUCAAAAAAAGCUGAAGGUCUCUGACAAAGAUUUUGUCAUGUUGGGAAAAAGGGUGAGGUCAGUAUCAUGUCAAGGCGUUGAAGUUUUCCAGUCGUUCCAAAGCCUCCGUGUUGUAAAAUCAGAGGUGAAAACUCUACUUCCAGUGAAGCUAGGACAUUGUGUACAAUGCACAGUUCCGAGGAUGACACACUUGAGACUUCGGACGUACUUGCUGCUUGGAAUUCUCUCUGUGUUCAUCAUCAUCCAUCUCCUUGUGGAUGUUAUUGACCAAAAGAGCAUUCGCCUCCAAGCAAGCAUGAAAAAGGAUCGAAAUAGCAUUAUGGAGGCGACCAACCAGACCGAUACCUUCUUUUGGCCGAGCCCAGUUUGUCCUCGAAACAUGUCUGUAGCCAACAUGAAAGGCUUCGACUCUCUUCCUGCUCAUAUUAGAGACUUUCUGUACUACCGCCACUGUCGCCGCUUCCCUCUGCUACUGGACCUGCCUGAUAAAUGUGGCGGAGUUGAACGGUCGGGGGACGUCUUCCUCCUAUUGGUCAUUAAAAGCUCUCCUGUGAAUUACGAGCGCAGAGAGGUGCUGCGCAAGACCUGGGCGAAGGAGCGAUUGCACAAUGGGGUUUGGAUCAGAAGGCUCUUCCUCUCGGGUACGACGAAUCAAGGCUUUGAGAAGAUGAGGCUGAAUAAGCUCCUCCAAGCAGAGCAACGCGAGUACAACGAUAUUAUCCAGUGGGACUUUACUGACUCCUUCUACAACCUCACCUUGAAGCAAGUACUUUUCCUGGAAUGGAUGGAAAGAAACUGUCCAAACGCUCGCUUUUUGUUCAACGGUGACGAUGACGUUUUUGCCAACACGGACAAUAUGGUGGAGUUCCUCCAGAGCCUUAAAGACAACGAUGGGCGCAAACACCUCUUCAUCGGGCAUCUGAUCCAGAAUGUUGGGCCCAUUAGGUCAUCUGGGAGCAAAUAUUACAUCCCCGUUCAGGUGCAUGAGUCAAACUCUUAUCCGCCCUACUGCGGGGGUGGGGGUUUCUUGCUGUCGGGCUACACAGCUUUAGUCAUACACAACAUGUCCCGUUCCAUUACCAUUCUUCCCAUCGAUGACGUUUACAUGGGGAUGUGUCUGGCUAAAGCAGCGCUUGCGCCAAGCUCGCACAUGGGAGUGAAGACAGCGGGACUGUACAUCCCCGCCAGCAAUGUCGACACGUAUGACCCUUGCUACUAUAAAGAAAUGCUGCUGGUCCACCGAUUCCUCCCAGCUCAGAUGUACCUCAUGUGGCAAAGAAUACACGACCGUGCUCUCAAAUGUGGUUCCUCUGGGUAGAGAUGUAAGUCAACUGCGAUUCUCAGGUGAAAGCAAAUGACUCGUUUCCUGGAUUCAAAUGCAGCGCAGGCAUGGUUGCCUGCGUCUGCAUUGCUUGAACAGAGUUUUGCACUUUGAUAAGGCCGACUGUCAACAACAAGGUCAGGCAGUCGGUCUCACCCUCUCGGCAGAACAUGUCUUUUGUGGAUGAGUGGCUAUUGCCAGAAUCUAGUGAAUUUAUUCUCAUGAAAAAUGUUUCAAGCACUCAUAUGUCCAUCAACAUACAUUUUAAUCAUUACUCAAUUAAAAACUUAAGAUAGUUUAUUUAAAACAUAGUUUAUUUAAAAAAAGAAAUCUUGAGACUGUGUUUUUUUUUAUUAUAUUCAUAUUUUAUUAUUUAUGAUAAUGCUUAUAUUUUUUAAAAUGGAUUUUAAAAAAAUCAAACAUUUGACUCAACUAAAUUUAGGUGGAAAAAAUUGACAAAAUGUAAAAAAAAAAAAAAUUAAAUACUUGAUUAUUGAUGAUGUAAAUGCUUUGCAGGGCAGCUUAAAGAACAAAGCAUAUAUGUAGCCCAUUGGCCAUACUUGCCCACCGGUGUUCUAGGCAGGGUACAACCGGGACUGGGCAGCCAUCAUCCAUGGCCACAUUAAUUAGCGUUUCAAUUUUUGUGUAUUCCAAAAGAGAAACAUCAUUUCGUCUGAAGCGACAAAAAAAAAAAAAAAAAAAA